CGAAACGCAGUGCGCGCAGACUACAAACCACAGCCAGCCGCUUCUCAACUGGUUACUAUUAACACGAUUGCUUUCACACACUCCCGAAUCAUUGAAACCACACCGCGGUAUGUACUCCAACAGGAUUGAUGGCCCAAGGAGAGGAAGAUCUUUCGACUCCAUGAACACAGCCUUUGAAGAAAAGCAGCUCAGCAAUGAGAUCAACAAGUCCAACUUCUGCAAAAUCGAGGAGAAUAAAGAGAAUAAGAUCACCUCCUUGGAACGGGGGAGGGCUGUGGUGGUUUUCUCGCUGAAGAAUGAGGUUGGCGGACUGGUGAAGGCUUUAAAGCUCUUUCAGGAGAAGCACGUAAACCUGGUGCACAUCGAGUCCCGUAAGUCCAAAAGGCGGAGCUCAGAGUUUGAGAUUUUCGUGGACUGCGACAGCAACCGGGAGCAGUUGAACGAGAUCAUCCAGCUCCUGUGCUCUCACGUCAACAUCGUGUCCAUGAACCUGCCGGACAACUCCUGCCUCCUUGACGAUGAUAUGGAGAGUGUGCCGUGGUUUCCCAAGAGGAUCUCUGAUUUAGAUAAAUCUGCGAAUCGAGUGCUGAUGUACGGAUCUGAUCUGGAUGCAGAUCACCCUGGUUUUAAAGAUAAUGUCUACCGGAAAAGGAGAAAGUAUUUUGCAGACCUGGCAAUGAACUACAAAUGUGGUGAUCCCAUUCCUCGGAUUGAGUUCACAGAGGAGGAGGUGCAGACGUGGAGCACAGUGUUUCGGGAGCUCAACAAGCUGUACCCCAACCACGCCUGCCGAGAGUACCUGAAGAACCUGCCGCUGCUCACCAAGCACUGCGACUUCCGUGAGGACAACAUCCCACAGCUCGAGGACGUCUCGCGCUUCCUCAAGGAGCGCACUGGUUUUACUAUCCGGCCCGUGGCGGGGUACUUGUCUCCUCGAGAUUUCCUGGCAGGGUUGGCGUUCCGAGUUUUCCACUGCACUCAGUACGUGCGACACAGCUCCGACCCCCUCUACACACCCGAGCCAGACACCUGUCACGAGCUGCUGGGUCACGUUCCCUUGCUGGCUGAGCCGAGCUUUGCCCAGUUCUCCCAGGAGAUCGGACUGGCUUCUCUGGGGGCCUCGGACGAGGCUGUGCAGAAACUGGCAACGUGCUACUUCUUCACAGUGGAGUUCGGCCUGUGCAAGCAGGAGGGGCAGCUCAGAGCCUAUGGAGCCGGGCUGCUGUCCUCAAUCAGUGAACUCAAACACGCUCUCUCCGGGAAGUCCAAAGUGAAGCUGUUUGACCCCAAGGUCACCUGCAAACAGGAAUGCAUCAUCACCACCUUCCAGGAUGUCUACUUUGUGUCAGAAAGCUUUGAGGAAGCCAAGGAGAAAAUGAGAGAGUUUGCAAAGACCAUCAAGAGACCAUUCAGUGUGCGCUACAACCCCUACACACAGAGCGUGGACAUCCUGAAGGACACCAAGAGCAUCACCACUGUGGUCAAGGACCUGCGGCACGACCUGGACAUCAUCAGUGAUGCCCUUAGCAGGAUGAACAAGCAGCUGGGGGUCUGACCCGCUCUCGCCUCCCUCCCCCCCUCCCUCCUUCUCUGUAACAUCCCUGCCCCUUUUCCUGUUUCCCUUCACUCCCCUUCAGCCUCCCCUUCUCCAUAGCCAUUUUAGAUGCUUACUGUGGCAUGGUAAAACAUAAAAAAUUUCAAAGGCUUAGUAAAAGCACAUUGAGAGCUUGGUGACAAGCAUGGUGAUAGGCAGUUCUUUAAGGUAAAGCAAUGGUGAAAAAUAACAUUGCCAUUCUAAAGUGCAGGCAAACUGCGAAAGGACCAAAUGCGUGGUAUACAGUGAGCUCUCCCCAGCUCUCUCCAUGACUCCCCCUCUGGCACUGUAAUCAGAAUCUCUUCUUUUCUCUUCCCUCAAUCUUCAGAACGUACACAGCUGGUACUGAUGGGCACCUUAAAAAGGGGAUGCGGUUCAGCCCCAAUAUUUAUUUUUUGCGUAUCCGUAAAGAUUAUAUAGGCCAGUAUAUUAGCUCAUAUAUAUAAUAUAUAAUAUGAUUUAUAAACUGUAUAUAUACAUACGUGUGUGAGUGUGUGUGAGUGUAGAUAUUCAACCCUCUAAAAGCUUCUUACCUUUGGGCCGCACCGACUGUAGCAGCGUGUUAGAGUUGCAAGCUCCCAGCUGGCUUCUCUGAUUCUUUUCAGCACUAAGUGAAAUAGCUGAGUCCGGCCCUUUCAGUGCAUUACAAUUAGAGUGAUUUUAGAAAGGGAGCCUCCAAAUAAAUGAUGUGGACAAACAGUGACUGACGAUCACUCUCACUUUGAUAAUACCACCUGUCAAUAUUUAAUAAGCAAAGCUUUUAUACAUCAUUAGGUGAAGGAUACGCUUAGCCAGUAAUGAUCAUCUAUGGUCAAUGAUUAUUGACGAUAGUUUCCCCAAGAAUGCAGUGAUUUAGCAAGGAUAACUAACAGCUUGCAUAUUGCACCUUUUGAAUUGGGAAGACCCAAUAUCUACUGUUUGCAGGUUCAGUAAUGUAGGUGUGCAUGACUGUCAAUCACUGCCACCCCUUGGAACCCUGUGUGUAAGUGAGCUGUCUAAUGUUUAGUCUCAGAUAAUAAAUCAUUAUUUAAGCCAUUGAAAGAUUAUAUAUAUAUAUAUAUAUAUAUAUAUAUAUAUAUAUAUAUAUUUAUUUUCCAUGUGUGUGCGUGAGUGCGUUCAUGUGUGUAUGUCAAUGUUGCACCUUCACAUGGGUACAGUCCUGUACUUGUACAGAACUUCAUCCACUUUAUUAAAGAUGAGCUACAAGAUAAAUAUAGCAUGUUUGUGGAAACAUUUUUCCACAGCACACAUAGGUGAAGGUGAGCCAUUGCAAUGUGUGUGCUGAGUUACAUGCAUCAGCGUCAGCUGUAGUGUAUAGAAUACUCCUUUCCUAUACCAAAAAACUAAUAUUUGACAAUAUAUUGUGUAAGAGUUUGAAGCUCCCACAUUUCUUUUAGAAAACAGAUUGGAACUUCACUUUGGGGACAAAAGUCACAGAAAUGACAUCUUAAAGGUGAAGUGAUUUUAGCUACAACAAAUGAUUCCUUGCACACCCACAGUCCAGGGUCCAGGCAGCAUGCCUGUCUUGUGACAGAAAAUCGAACAGUUGUCAGAUACGAUAGCGCUGUGCUCAUUGCAGGCUUCUCAGUAACUCGCUUUAGGCUGUUAACUGUGACCACAGCUCCUUCUAGAAGUGUAUCAUAUCCCAUAUGGAAAGUAAAAUAAACAAUAUAUUAUUUUAUACAUGAAGCAUGUGGAGCUUUACAAUACAUAUGGUGAACCUCUAUUUUAAAUAUAUGAAAAAAACUGUAUUUAAAUAUAUUUUUGGUAUAUUUUUAAACAAUAUAUUGAAAGUGCAUUUUCUUUCCACGUGGGUAAAGACAGGGGGCCUCUACUAUAUACAAGUGACAUGACAGUCGUGGUUCGUUUCAGUUUAUCCUGAGUAAUUUAUUGGAUUUUUCUAUGUAAAUAAGAGCUUCAGCAAGUAUAGGUUGACAAUGUUCUGCUUUUUUUCUGCUCUUUCAUGAUGACUACUGAAUACAAAUAAAGAAAACGCUGGAAACUGUU